AUGCCUAUUAAUUUUGACUCCAGCGAGACGAAGACCUUGAGGGUUAAGUUCCGGACGUUCGAGGCGGCUGUGGUUGAUCUUGCUGGUCAAUAUUUGGAGAAGUUGGCACCUAGAGGUGCUCUCUGGCUAAGCCACAACGACAUCGAGCAGUUGAUCAGGAAACAUCUUUUAUUCCAAAUUAGAUAUUCAGACGUCAACUACCGCCCGGGAUCGCAACUCAGCCUUAUCUCCAUGGGCGAAAUUCUUCGGUACACUGCAAACCAUACUCAUCGAGUUCAUUUUUUCCUCAGCAGUAAUACUCACCCGAAGAGCACCGAUAUUUUCAUUCAAAUACUUGAUAUACCUCAUCCCCAGAAUCGGUAUAACGUUAUCACUACGGCCCAUCAACCACGCCAUAGCCAGUUGCACCGGGCGUACUUUGCGUACAUCCCUUCCGCGCUGCAACAGACCCGAGUGUUUCCACCAGUUGCAGAAGCGGGAGAAAGUUCUCUUCAGAAAUCCUAG